CCCUUCUAUUAGGCGAAUAAAUGAGCUAUAAUAGUUAGUAAUUAUAAAUAUGGAGGAUAUAAGCGUACUUUUUGACUUGGAACAUGAUGGCAACACUGAUUUUACAUUUUGGGGACAGAUGGACCAGAACUUCCAGUUUCAGACCCAGCUGGACUCUUUCCUGAUGGACUGUAAUGAGGCCAGUGAUCAGCUCUCUCCCUGGUCCUCUUUCGGCUGUCAGCUCUCGGACCCGCAGCUGACCCUCACCGAACUCGAUGUGCUUUCACCGGCUGUGGGGAUCUGCGCUGAGGGUGACAGCUCCUCAGCUGACGAGACUCAGGAGGUGACCAAGCGCAGGAUGCGGAGGUUAGUGCCGCAUCAGCCCUACAAGGUGCAGCGGCAUGCCGCCAACAUCCGGGAGAGGAAGAGGAUGCUGAGCAUCAAUUCUGCCUUUGAGGAGCUCCGCUGUCAUGUUCCAACGUUUCCCUACGAGAAGCGGCUGUCGAAGAUUGACACUCUGAGACUGGCUAUAGCGUAUAUCGCCCUGCUGAGAGAAAUCCUGUCAUCAGGCUGCGACCCUAAAUCCUAUGUGGAUGAGUGCAUGAAGAACGGCUACAAAAAUCACACCAACGCCAUUUGGAACACGAGCGAUCUGACAGCCCGCCUCUCUUGGAUAAAGUGGGAUUAACUGGGAAACAUGGGGCAAGUUGGUUCCUCCCUCCUAUCUCCUACAUGUCAAAGACAGGCAGCCGGCUGGCAUGGCAUAGCCUACCGAUCGACAUCUGCAGACGUCUCACCAGGUCACACACCUCAAGCUUUCUCAGCCUUAUCCACGACUUUGUCCUCAGUACUUUUAAUAUUCUAGUUUAUUGUUGGCUGGUAAUUGAGAGCCGUUGUUUCUGUGGCAAGGGAAGCAAAGAGGGUUGGCACAGCUUUCCCAACAAGAUGCCGCUUGGCAUGGAACUGAAUGGAUUUGUUAAGGACUCAUACUGCUGUGCUGAAGUGUUUUCUGGACUCCUGCUCAUUAGGCUGCAAUACGAUGUGUUAAAAAGAACCUUGAUGAUGUAAAUGAGACGACAGGCAUGAGAAGCAGAUCAGUGCAACGUGUCUUAACAUGUCAAGUGCUGUUUCCAAAUAUAGCAAUGAGAAAAUGUUGUGUGCUUUGGUUCAUAUGAAGCCUUGAUGUCAUUUAUUUAUUCUUUUUAUGUUUUAUUUAUUACAAAAAAGUAGUUUUUAUAGA